UCCACAAUACCAACAUCAGUCUUUGGCUUUCAAUUAUAACAUCAUGAUGGCUCCUAUUGUCAACAUGAGCUACUCAAUGAUUCCCCUCGUUGCUUUCCAUCCAUCCUCCUCCUUCUUUUCCAUUUACAUUAUUCAAGAAGUCUCUUCGUUCCACGCAGGCUGUCGAAGAAAUCUUCUUUUGCUUGACGGAAAAUUCUUCUUGUUCGCCCAAUACAUCUCGAAUCUUGGCAGUCAACCAAGAAACUCUUUCGAAAAUCUUUGUCUCUCGUGUUCCUGCGGCCAAGCAGUUCAAGAUGUCUUCUCCAGGCCCUCCAAAACCUCCGGGUCAGCGCGGACAUUGGCUCCUUCCUUCUACGAUACGACCAGAAGAUAUUAGCGGUCUCGCAAACUUUGCCGAAGCAACUACUCAUCCGCCGACGUCUGGUUGCUGGGGCAGAGUUCGCUGCGAGUGUCCUGUCAACCCGUAUGACGAAACUCCAGAAGAGUGGGAAGAGCGCGUCUUCAAUUGUCUUUGGGGACAAAUCAAUGAAGAUACAGGUGUCCAGAGCAGGGAAGGCGAUGAUCUCUCUGGCCAUGGUGUCUUGCCCAAUUUCGGAUUGUUCUCGGCAAUGACCUACACUGAUGAAACAUAUGAGGAUGAGGAAGGAUAUGAGGAGGAUUCGGCCGAGAGUCAAGCAGAAGCAGCUGGAGAUGGGGAAACGUAUAAAGAGGACUCGGUCGUGGCUCAUGCAGCAGCAGAAGGAAAUGAGGAAGCAUCGGAUUCGGAAUGUGAGAGUGAGAAACCACAGCGAAGCUCGGCACCCAAGACCGGGGUUCAGCGAGUACACGCAAACAGGGAUGUGGAGUCUGAGAGCGACAAUUCGGCAUACCACGAAGACGAAUACGAAGCAUUCGAUUCAGACGAGGAGAGCAGGCCAACCAUUCCAGCACAAGCAGCACCAGUUCAGCCUCAAUCAACUGGUUCUGAUAAUGCAGAUCAGAUUAAAGACAUAGCCCUCGCUUUGUUUGAUGGUAAUCAGCGGAAAGCAGCCGCAUGGCUCAAAUCUCAGGGGCAGUUUGAAAACGAGGCUUACUGGUCUCGAUCAAACUCUAGUACCAAGAACUCUGGCACUGGCCCACCUGUUCCACCUUCCAAGAAAACCCAACGCGGGGAGGAACCUGCCUCAAAACAGCCACCCAUUCGCAGAUUCCAAGGCCCAUCCCACGCCACCUUGCCCCCAUCGACCCUAUCUACGACGCACAAAUCCAUGGAUAAUUCAAACAAGAGAAAGAAAACCGCGGGAAUCGAUGACGAUCUCGACGUUGACGUUUACCAGCCACCGUCCAAGAAAGGCAAGGGUAUGUUUGGUCAUGUCCCGAAAUCACCAGCACAGGGCCUUGGCGAUCUCGAUGCUUCACACAAGAGAAAGAAAAACCCGGAAUUCGAGGCCGAUCUCGAUGAUAGCAUCUAUCAGCCACAGCCCAAGAGAGGCAAGGACAUGUUCGGUGGUUUCACUAAGUUACCAGCAGAAGGGUUCGGCGGAGCAAACAGUGGUCCUAGCGCUAAACAAUCAACCAAGAAAGCCCGUCGUGCUCCAGCGGCAUCACAGAACGCUAUGGAGACCAUUCCAGGAUCCACAUGGCCAAAGUCGGAGGGAGACGAGUUGAACAGACUCCUCCGAGCCCGGAGAGAUUUCGAGAGGACUCACAACAUUGCCCCCUGGCUAGACGGAAAGCUUUUUGGGAUGCUGAGCGAACGACUCCAACAGGUCACGCGCCGAGAGAAGCCUAGAACCUUGAAUGCCUGCAAGAACUUCUGGAAUAGGUACGGCAGAUUCUACUACGAUUGUGACGAGCGAGGUAAGAAGAAGAGGUCCGAAUCGAAAGUGACAUCGGCACAAUCUUCGAAGAAGGUGCAGAAAGCAAAGCAGCAUACGAUGACCGCAAAGAGCAAGAGCAAGAGCAAGAGCAAGAGCAAGAAAAAGAGCAAGACCGAGACUGAGACCGAGACUAAGCAAGAGGAACGGGAAAGCGAUGCUGAGGAGUCUGAUCACUAUGGGGGUGCAGAUGAGGAGUGAUGGGGUACAUUAGGAUCUGGAGAGAAGCAAAGAUGAUGAAACGUGGGAACGAG